CUUCUUUAGAACUAUCUCCUUCUCUCAUUGGAACCUCAAAAUCAUUCUUAUUUUAUUUCGAGAAAAGGAAAAAAAAGCACAUCUGUUUUGAAGAUUAAUUUGUGGAUUAUUAUUGAGCUUCAUCGUAUUUAAAAAACAUACUGUAGGAUGUUAUCGUGCUGAGAAAAGGGUUUUAGAUGGGGUAAUUGAUGGUUUUUUGCAUACCGAAGGCGUAUUCUCUUUGAUGAUGGAGUGAUUGUUGAAAAGACAUGAUGGGUUAAAGUUGCAGGAUUAUUUCAUUUCAAUAAACAUAAUUGAUCAAUUUGGAUCUGUUGAAUGAGGUUGAUUCACAAAAAUGAAGAUGGGCCCGGUGUUGCCAAGUCGGUGGCAGAGCUUAAUCAACAUAUAGUUGCUGUGAAAAAAGAAGGUAGGGGUAGGGUUGCAGGUGAAGGGCAGGGGCUUUCCGAGGAGGACGAACUGAGAAUUAUUGAGGAUGGUGAAGAUGCAAACAGCAGGCGUUCUUUGAGUUCUGUUCAGCUUCCAGUUCAUACUCACAGGCCUCAGCCACAAGUACAACCCCAGGGGAGAGUCUGUUGGGAGAGGUUUCUCCCUGUUGGAUCUCCUAAGGUUUUGCUCGUAGAAAGUGAUGACUCAACUCGUCAUAUUGUUAGUGCUUUGCUACGGAAUUGUAGCUAUGAAGUUGUAGGGGUGCCAAAUGGCAUAGAAGCAUGGAAAAUCUUAGAAGAUUUGAGCAAUCAGAUUGACCUAGUUUUAACUGAGGUAGUCACAUCAGGACUCUCUGGUAUAGGUCUUCUGUCCAAGAUAAUGAGUCACAAAAGCUGCCAGAAUACUCCUGUCAUUAUGAUGUCAUCUCAUGAUUCGAUGGGUUUAGUCUUAAAGUGCUUAUCCAAGGGCGCUGUUGACUUUCUGGUGAAGCCUAUAAGAAAAAAUGAACUUAAAAACCUUUGGCAGCAUGUUUGGAGGAGGUGUCACAGUUCUAGUGGUAGUGGAAGUGAAAGCUGUGUAAGGAAUGGAAAAUCCAUAGGAAGCAAGAGGGCUGAAGAGUCGGACAAUGACACUGACAGCAAUGAGGAAGAUGAUAACAGAAGCAUUGGUUUACAAGCUCGGGAUGGAAGUGACAAUGGAAGUGGGACCCAGAGUUCAUGGACAAAAAGGGCUGCAGAAGUUGAGAGCCCCCAACCACAGUCUACAUGGGAGCAAGCAACUGAUCCGCCUGAUAGCACUUGUGCUCAGGUCAUUUAUCCAAUGUCUGAGGCAUUUGCCAGCAGCUGGAUGCCUGGAUCCAUGCAGGAACUUGAUGUACAGGAUCAUCAAUAUGACAAUGUCCCAAUGGGAAAGGAUUUGGAGAUUGGAGUACCUAGAAUUUCAGAUUCACGGCUAAAUGGACCAAACAAAAAGGUUAAGUUAGCAACUACUGCUGAGGAAAACCAAUAUUCACAGUUAGACCUCAACCAGGAAAAUGAUGGUCGAAGUUUUGAUGAAGAGAACCUGGAGAUGAAUAAUGAUAAACCUAAAAGUGAGUGGAUUAAACAGGCUAUGAACUCACCAGGAAAAGUUGAAGAACAUCAUAGAGGAAAUAAAGUAUCUGAUGCACCACCCGAAAUUUCCAAAAUAAAGGACAAAGGCAUGCAACAUGUCGAGGAUAUGCCUUCUCUUGUGCUCAGUCUGAAGAGGUUGGGUGAUAUUGCAGACACGAGCACUAAUGUCUCAGACCAGAAUAUUGUUGGGCGUUCAGAGCUUUCAGCCUUCACCAGGUACAAUUCAGGCACAACUGGUAACCAGGGUCAAACAGGUAAUGUUGGCAGUUGCUCUCCACCAAAUAAUAGUUCAGAAGCAGCAAAGCAGUCCCAUUUUGAUGCUCCACAUCAAAUUUCGAAUAGCAGUAGUAACAAUAACAAUAUGGGCUCUACUACUAAUAAGUUCUUCAAAAAGCCUGCUAUGGACAUUGAUAAGACACCUGCAAAAUCAACAGUCAACUGUUCUCAUCAUUCACAUGUGUUUGAGCCAGUGCAAAGUUCCCAUAUGUCUAAUAAUAACCUUACUGCAUCUGGUAAGCCUGGUGUUGGCUCCGUAAAUGGUAUGCUGCAAGAAAACGUACCAGUAAAUGCUGUUCUGCCGCAAGAAAAUAACGUGGAUCAGCAGCUCAAGAUUCAGCGCCACCAUCACUACCAUCAUUACGAUGUCCAUAGUGUACAGCAGCUACCAAAGGUUUCUGUUCAACAUAAUAUGUCCAAAAGCAAGGAUGUGACAGCACCCCCACAGUGUGGGUCUUCAAACACUUGUAGAUCGCCAAUUAAAGCAAAUGUUGCCAAUUGCAGUUUGAAUGGAAGUGGUAGUGGAAGCAAUCAUGGGAGCAAUUUCCUUAAUGGAAGUAGUGCUGCUGUGAAUGUUGAAGGAACAAACAUGGUCAAUGAUAGUAGGAUAGCUGCAAAAGAUGGUGCUGAAAAUGGAAGUGGUAGUGGAAGUGGAAGUGGUAGUGGUAGUGGUGUUGGUGUGGAUCAAAGUCGAUCAGCUCAACGAGAAGCUGCCUUGAAUAAAUUCCGUCUCAAGCGUAAAGAAAGAUGCUUUGACAAAAAGGUGCGAUAUCAAAGCAGAAAGAAGUUAGCAGAUCAAAGACCUCGUGUUCGUGGGCAAUUCGUGCGCCAGGUGCGAGAAAACAAAGGAAGGAAUACCGAUAGCUAACACCAAUUCUUUCCACAAGUUGCUGCCGAGAUCAUUUAUGCCACUCUGAUAUCAGCUGUCUUCAUAUGUACAAAUUUCGAAUUUUAUGUGUGCAUGAGGUGCUAAAUACUGUCAAACCUCAGUGAUUCUGUUUGGUUUAGGCUGUAGAAAGACAUCUUUUCCUUUGUGUUUUCAUGGUUCUUAUUUUGAGCUGUGUUCACUACUUUUUAUAACAUGGUAGCCCCAGGUUGCCUUUGGAAAUAAGCUUUUCCUUAAAGGUGUGAUGCAUAUAA